CCGGAACUGAAGCUUUUUUCUCUUUAGUUUCUCAUCGAACCUGUUUUUGUAAAGGACCCGCAUGCAUAGGAAGGAUCUCCUCAACAACACCAUGAUCUCAGUGGAAGCUGGUCUCUAUAUUGGCUCUGUGUCAGAUCUUAAGGAUCCUGAAGCUCUGACCCUCACAGGAAUCACUCACAUCCUCAGUGUGGACUCUGAACAACCAGAGCUGUCUGGAUUUCACAUCAGAUUUGUCCAUGCGCUGGACGAUUCAUCCACAGAUCUCCUUAGCAAGCUGGACAGCUGUGUACAGUUUAUCAGUGAUGCCCUGAAUGCAUCUUCGUCUUCCUCAUCAUCAUCAUCUGUUCUCGUUCAUUGUCACGCAGGUCAGAGCCGGAGUGCUGCCAUCAUCACGGCUUAUUUAAUGAAGACACAAAAGCUGAGUGUAAAGGAGGCGUAUACCAAACUCCAGCACAUCAAACCUGAUGUCAAGAUGAAUGAGGAGUUUCUUGAUCAGUUGACGUUGUAUGAGGCUAUGAAUUGUGAACUGGACAGCAGCAGUGUGUUAUACAAGCAGUUCCGACUGAAGAAAGUUACUGAGAAAUAUCCAGAGCUUAAAAACGUUCCCCGAGACAUAUUUGCAGUCGACCCUGCACAAAGCCACAGCGCUGAGGCUGUGUACAGAUGCAGAAAGUGCAGACGCACACUGUUCCGCCACUCCAGCAUCCUCAGUCACUGUGUAGGCAGCGGAGCGUCUGCUUUCUCCCAUAAGAAGCCGAGUGGAGGACGACCUGUGGGAGAUCAGAGCCAGUGCACGUCGUACUUCAUAGAGCCAGUGCAGUGGAUGGAGGAGGUGCUGCUCGGGGUCAUGGACGGACAGCUGCUGUGUCCUAAGUGCAGCUCUAAGCUCGGUUCGUUUAACUGGUACGGAGAGCAGUGUUCGUGUGGCCGCUGGGUGACCCCCGCCUUCCAAAUGCACAAGAACAGAGUGGACGAAAUCAAACACAUCAACAUAGCAGCACUGAAAUGACACCAGCAAACAGUUAAAAACACAAAUAAAAAGAUAUAUUGUUUCAUCG